AUGGGUGCUUCAGGGAAGUGGCUCAAAUCACUAAUCGCUCUCAAAAAGCCCCUAACGACAACAGAACAGGAAAAACAGAGCGAUAAUAAGGGAAACAAGAAGAAAUGGAGGCUAUGGAGGAGUCCAUCAGAAGGGUAUAUACAAACUUCAACCAAGGGCUUGAAAAGGGUCCACGUCGCUUCAUCAGAAUCGUCUGAUUCUUCCCUUGUAGUCGAUGAUGAGUUAACUGCUGCCAUGGCUACUGUGGCCAGAGCUCCACCUAGGGAUUUCAUGGUGGUUAAGAAAGAAUGGGCCGCUAUUCGGAUCCAAACAGCUUUUCGAGGCUUAUUGGCAAGACGGGCAAUGAGGGCCUUGAAAGCAGUAGUGAGGCUUCAAGCUAUAUUUCGUGGCCGGCAAGUCCGAAAGCAAGCUGCUGUGACACUGAGGUGCAUGCAAGCUCUUGUUCGGGUUCAGGCUCGAGUAAGGGCUCAGACUGUGAGCACGGCUGAAGGUCAAGCUGCGCAGGACAUGUUGAAUGAAUACAAGAUCCAAGCUGAUCCCACCAAGCAGGCGGAGAAAGGAUGGUGUGAUAGUCCAGGAACAGUGGAUGAGGUCAAGGAAAAGUUACAAAUGAGGAAAGAAGGAGCCAUUAAGAGGGAGCGAGCAAUUGCAUAUUCCCUCUCCCAACGGAAAUCAAGAUCUUGCGCAAGCCCGUGUAGAAGAACUAGCAAGUCAGCAGUGUCUCUCAAGAAUCAGCCACCGAAUAACAGCAGCCCUGGAUGGAGCUGGCUGGAACGUUGGAUGGCAACCAAGCCAUGGGAAAAUAGACUGAUGGAAGAAUUUCUCACUGACUCAGCAGAGAUUCCACUUUCCAGGAAGAGCGAAGAUAAUAUCGCCAGCUUCUAUUUUUCUAAAAACGACAAGGUAAAAGUGAGAAAAAACAAUGUUACAACCAAAAUUCUUGCUAAACCUCCCGUUGUCAAUCAUGUUACUCGCUCAUCUUCAGCACCAAGCUCUGAAUCCCUAUAUAACGAGAGCUCGGUAUCAACUUCAUCUACAUCUGCCUCUCCAACACCAUUUUCAGGAGACAUGUUAGUGGCAGACAGAGUAGUAGAAGGGAGUCAUAACAAAAAACCCGCCUACAUGAAUCUAACUGAAUCAACUAAGUUUAAGGCAAAAAACAACAGGUAUUCUUCUCAAAACAUCCAGAGGCAGGUACUGGAGGAUAAUUUUCUUGUGAAGUCAAGGGAGCUUUUGAAUGAAGACUCUAAUAGCAGUGCUGGUUCCAAUCCUUCAUUUAAUUUGUCCAGGGAUCUUUACCCACCAUUGCCUUUGGGCAGACAUGAUGAGAUAAGAAACCGACGAUACUAA